AUGGACUACCCAAUGGAUAAGUAUGCGGAUAUGUAUGUAGGUCAAAGUAGGCAGAAAGACUACGCAGAUAGGCGUAAAAGGCCUUUGGAAUUUAGCGUGGGAGACCAUGUAUUCCUUAAGGUAUCUCCAAUGAAAAGGAUAUCUCGAUUUGGGAUGAAGGGUAAGUUAAGCCCCAGAUUUGUUGGACCUUUUGAAAUACUCGAAAGGAUAGGGGAUGUAGCUUAUCGUUUAGCGCUACCUCCUAAGUUGGGAAAUUUGCAUGAUGUGUUUCAUGUAUUGAUGUUGAGAAAGUACCAGCCGGAUCCUGGUCACAUACUUGAUCAUGAAGCCAUCAAAGUGGAUGAGAAAGUGAGGUACAUUGAAGAGCCUGUACAGGUAUUGGAUCGAAAGGAACAAAUUCUUAGGACUAAGAAGAUCCCUCUAGUUAAGGUAUUAUGGCGACAUCAUGAUAUGGAGGAAGCCACAUGGGAAAGUGAAGAUCAUAUGAAGGAAAAGUACCCCUAUUUGUUUCAAGAAGGC